UCCACUAAACUCAAACUAGCUUUUGGUUUCUUUCUUUUGAUUUUCAAGUGAGCAAAAAUGGUGAAGUUGGCUUUUGGUAGCUUUGGUGACUCGUUUAGUGUUGGCUCCCUCAAGUCCUAUCUAGCUGAGUUCAUUGCCACCCUUCUUUUUGUGUUUGCUGGUGUUGGAUCUGCCGUUGCUUACGGUAAGCUGACAUCAGCAGCGUUGGACCCUGCGGGCCUGGUAGCGGUGGCCAUAGCCCAUGCAUUUGCACUGUUUGUGGGGGUCUCUAUUGCUGCAAACAUCUCAGGUGGCCAUUUGAACCCAGCUGUCACACUUGGAUUGGCCAUUGGAGGCAACAUCACCAUCCUCACUGGCAUAUUCUACUGGAUUGCCCAACUCUUGGGCUCCAUCGUUGCCAGCUUUCUCCUCAAGUUUGUCACUCAAUUGGAUGUGCCAACCCAUACACUUGCCUCAGGGGUAGGUGCAAUUGAAGGAGUGGUAUUUGAGAUCAUCAUAACGUUUGCUCUGGUCUACACUGUCUAUGCCACAGCUGCUGACCCCAAGAAGGGUUCACUGGGAAUCAUAGCACCCAUUGCAAUUGGGUUCAUUGUUGGGGCCAACAUUCUUGCUGCCGGCCCAUUCAGCGGUGGCUCGAUGAACCCAGCCCGGUCGUUUGGCCCGGCCGUUGCCAGCGGAGACUUCACCGACAACUGGAUCUACUGGGUCGGCCCACUAAUUGGUGGUGGGCUGGCUGGGCUCGUCUAUGGUGACAUUUUCAUUGGGUCCUACGGCCAAGUCCCAGCAUCUGAAGAUUAUGCUUAAUUUGAUAUGCUCAUGCUUUGGGGUUUCUCUUGUUGUUUGCUUUGUUGUUAUUGUUUUUGUUGGCUUUAUUCUUGCUUUUGGGUUGAGUACCUACGAUUGCACUCAUCAAUUCCAUGAAGAAAAGAAAAAAGUACUUUGAGCCGUGAAUAAGAAUUGUACAUAUACUAAAUCAAAUGA